AUGAUCAGUACACUCACUUGGAAUGUAAGAGGUAUCAGGACCUCUGGUGCCCUUGAGAGACUAAAGAUCCUUAAAAAGCUCCACAAUAUUUCCCUCAUUGCUGUCCUGGAACCUUUCCUGGAUGACACCCAUCUCAACCACUUCAAAAUCCAACUGUCCAUGCAUCAUGCAACCUCUAAUGUCAACAACAAAAUAUGGAUCUUUUGGGAUCAGGAAUUCCAAGGAUCUGUCCUUGAUUCUGAUGAACAACAGGUCACCCUAGAAUUAAGACAUGUGGAAGCUGCUGAGACUUUUCACAUUUCAGUCAUCUAUGCCAAAUGUAAACCUAUUCUGAGAAGACCCCUGUGGGAAAACCUAAGACUCAAAUCCACCACAACUCAUGUUCCUUGGUGUGUCAUUGGGGAUUUCAAUGUUAUUGCAUCCAUUGAAGAGAAAAUUGGAGGGCUUCCCUAUCAAAUCCAUAAAAGUAUUGACUUCCUCAGCAUGAUAGAAGAUUGUGGCCUCAUUGAUAUGGGAUUCUAUGGCCCAAAAUACACCUGGUCUAAUGGAAGAGGCCCCUGUGCUAUUGUUUGGAAAAGGCUUGACAGGGGAAUGAUUAAUGACAGCUGGCUAACAUCUUUCCCUGCCACCACAAUUACUCACCUUGCUUCUUCAGGAUCUGAUCACUCCCCCCUUCUCAUGGAGAUGCAUGUCAGGCCUAAGUCCUCUAAAAAGUACUUCAGAUUCUUGAACUGUUGGACUGACAAUCCAACCUUCAUGCCUCUUGUUCAAGCAGUUUGGAAUACUCAGAUCUAUGGCAACCCCAUGUGGGUUUUUCACCAGAAAGCUAAAAUCCUCUCCUCUGAACUAAGCAAAUGGUCAAGACAAGAGUAUGGAGACAUUUUCCAAGAAGCUAAGGACUAUGAAGCAAAAGUCAAGGCAGCUGAAGAACUCUGGGCUCAAACUAACAGUCCUACUGAUAGAGAAGCCCUUCACAAUCUCAAUGCCCAGUAUAUAAAUCAUCUGAAGACUGAAGAGUCUGUUCUUAAGCAGAAGACUCAGCUUCAUUGGUUCAAAGAUGGUGAUGUCAAUUCCAAAUACUUCCACAGUUUGAUUAGGGGUAGAAGAAGAAAGCUCUUUAUCCACAAAAUUAGAAAUGAUGACAAUGAGUGGAUUCAGGGGGAUGAGUGUAUUGGAGAAGCUGCUUGUGAACACUUUCAGAAUUUGUUCACUGACCCUGGGGGAAUAGUUAGGGAAGACCUGCUCUCUUGUAUCCCUAACCUUGUCACCAGUGAGGAAAUAAUGAACCAUCAGUAA